UCUCCCCCACUCACCUAUACACACACACACACACACACACACACAUAUAUAUAUAUAUAUAUAUAUAUAUUGUCUGCAUAUAAAAACAUUAACUCGUUAAUCUCAAGAAAUCCGGAGUGUCCUCCUCCUCCUCCUUCUUCAGACAGUUUUUUAGUUGCAGAGAGCUCUGACGAUGGCGAUUGCAGAUGAUUCAUUCAAGAGACCAGGAGCCGUUCCCUUCAGCUGGGAAAUCCGACCAGGUGUCCCCAAGACCCAAACUUCCCAACCCGACAACCUUAAUCCUCCCAAGAAACUCUCCCCUCUCCGCCUCAAGCCCUUAUCUCAGCCUCUCCAUCCUCCGCCGCCGCAAAUUCAGCCGCCGUCUUCUUCCUUCAUCGCCAAUCGCCGGCCUCUCUCGCCGCUCGCUCCGCCGUCGUUCUCCACCCCGUCUCCGUCGCCAUCGUCGCGGCUCAAACCGCCACCGGCUUCCGUGUUCUACUCCCCGGGUCCUCGGGCUAUGUCGUUCCGAUCCUCGCCGCGUGCCUUGUCCGAGCGUUGGCUGCUCCAACGCCCGAGGGUGAUCCGAUCCGGACCCGUACCCGGAUCCGACUAUGUCGUUGCAGGACCCGGGUGUUUCCCGACGCCUCUUUUCCGGUUAAAGAAGAGUCGGAUCAGUGGCCGGAAAAAGACAGUGCCGAGGAUGGAGCCUGAGUAUGGGUCCGACAUGGAGACGGCGUCGCCGUGGUCGAUGUCGAGCCGGAGAUCGAUAUCCCCGAUGUGGGAUUCGCCGAAAUCGUCGUUCUCGUCGAACAGGUUCUCGCCCCGAUUCCCCGGCGAAGCGGAAUGGGUCGGGAUUGGGCUCUUUUGACAAGCACCAAUCUUCGUGAUCGGUUCGUGAUUUGGCUUCGUAGCCGUCCGACAACAAAAAGGUUUCAGUUCCUCGAUGUUUGGAAAGAAAGCAAGAUGAUCAAGUUUUGUCUUUCCGUACUAGAUUCGGGUGUCCAAAGAUGAAGGAAUCCAGAAACGUAUAAUGUAGAAUUAAAAGUUUUUGUUCGUAUGUAUUGUUCUAAAGAUGAUGUUAGUAUAAGCACAAGGAAGAAAUAUCCAAUUUUUAUAUAUACAAAGUCAUUUUCAAAUCACAAACUGUUCUUUUGACAU